CCGCCCUCACCAGGUAGACGCUAGGAAAGCCGCUUCAUGAAAAAAGGUUCUUCUUUCUCUGCAAUAAAACCUCUUCACCAUUUGCAGUUGAGGUGGGAAAGUAACUAGGGUUCACCCGCCACAUCUACAGUAAAUACCACCAAAAAAGAAAAGGAAAGAAAAAUGCCAUUCAUAUCGAAGAUAGAGAGGCAGACGGAUUACACCCAGUUCGAUUCAACUGUCCCCAUCGUCAUCGACAAUGGCGGUUCAUAUUUCCGCAUUGGCUGGGCAGGGGAGGAUGAGCCUCGGGUUAUAUUCCGGAACAUUGUUCAGAGGCCUCGCCAUAAAACCACUGGUGAAACAGUCACAGUUGUUGGUGAUCAUAACCCAGCGCUACUAAGAUAUUUUGAUUGCACACGUUCAGGACCUCGUUCGGCUUUUGAUGGCAAUGUCGUGUAUCAGUUUGAGAUAAUGGAAUAUAUUCUUGACUUCGGUUUUGAUCGAUUAGGUGCUGAUCAGUCGCAGAUUGACCAUCCUGUUUUGAUCACUGAGUGUGCUUGCAAUCCUAUCCAGUCUCGUUGUAGAAUGGCAGAACUUCUUUUUGAGUCUUAUGGAGUUCCUUCAAUAGCAUUUGGUGUCGAUGCCGCAUUCAGCUACAAGUACAACCAACAACUUGGAAUAUGUAAUAGUGAUGGUCUUGCAAUUUGCUCAGGAUUUAUGACUAGUCAUGCUAUUCCGUUCAUAAAUGGAGAACCUGCUUACGAAGCAUGUUGCCGAACUAAUGUUGGUGGAUACCAUGUUACCGAUUAUCUGAAGCAGCUUCUCUCACUUAAAUAUCCCCAUCACAUUUCUAAGCUCACAUGGGAAAAAGUUGAAGACCUUAAGAUGGAACACUGUUACAUUGCACCAGAUUAUACAUCAGAAGUCCGAAUAUUUAAGAAAGGGGCUAAAGAAGCUGAAGAAAAGACCAGGUGCUGGCAGCUUCCUUGGACUCCAGCACCAGUGGAAGAACAACCUUCAGAAGAAGAGUUAGCUAGAAAGGCAGCUCUAAAGGAGAGACAGGGUCAAAGACUAAGGGAGAUGGCUGAAGCAAAGAGGUCCUCUCGAAUUAAUGAGCUUGAAAAUGACAUUAGAGGUUUGGAAUUCCUCUUAAAGCAGCUCAAGCAGGUUGAAGAGAAUAAUGUUCCUGCAUUUCUCAGAGAGACUGGCUAUGCCUCUAAACAGGAAAUAGAAUCUAAUCUGGCAAAGGCAAUACAAUCUUUACGCAAAGCGAAGGGUGAACAAGUUGAAACUGAGGAGAAGAUGGACGCUUCCACGGCUGACAAGUAUAAUCUUGUCAAUGUGCCUGAUGAUGUGCUGACACCGGAGCAGCUUAAAGAAAAAAGGAAGCAGUUGUUUCUCAAAUCCACAACUGAGGCCAGGCAACGAGCUAAACAGAAGCGGAUUGAAGAGGAAUUAGAAAGAGAAAAGCAAAUGAAAUUGGAGGAGGAAAAGCGCUUAGAGAACCCAGAACGUUAUUUGGAGGAUUUACGUGCUAAAUACCGAGAGCUUUCUGAGAAAGUGGAGCAGCGAAAACGCUUGAAGACAAAUGGCAACAACACAAAUGGGAACCAAAAUGGUUCUGGAGGUGUGGGCCGUGGUGAAAGAUUGAAUGCUGCUCAAAGAGAAAGGAUGCGCCUCCUGACAACAGCUGCAUUUGAUCGAGGGAAGGGCGAGGACACUUUUGGUAUCAAAGAUGAAGAUUGGCAACUUUACAAGCUAAUGAGUAGAGAUGAUGAUGAAGAAGAUGAGAAGUCAAAUGAGGAUGAAGCAGACCUUGCUCGCGUCUCUUCAAGACUGCGGGAAAUAGAUCCGACAUUUUUUCCCAAAGCAGAGUCAGGAUCCUCAACUGCGGAGCCGCCACGAUUUCGUCCUCUAACUAAGGAAGACUUCCAGCUCAUUCUAGGAGUAGAAAGAUUCCGGUGCCCUGAGGUUCUGUUCCAGCCCAACUUAAUUGGGAUAGAUCAGUCAGGGCUGGAUGAGAUGGCUGGGGUAUCAAUAAGAAGGUUGCCGUGUAAGAACCAAGGGUUGGAAGAGAAAAUAACAAAAUCAAUCCUUAUGACUGGUGGGAGCUGUCAAUACCCGGGAAUGGCUGAGCGCUUGGAAGCUGGGAUUAGGAUGAUUAGGCCAUGUGGAACACCUAUAACAGUUGUCAGAGCAUCAGAUCCAAGUCUUGAUGCAUGGCGUGGAGCUUCUGUUUAUGCUGCUGCCAUGCAAUUCCCCAAUCAGACAUUUAGUAGGACGGAUUACUAUGAAAAGGGCGAAGAUUGGUUGCGGAGAUAUCAAUUCAACUACACACUUUGAUUGUUGUAGAUGAACUUUAUAUAUUGUUAGGGCUUCCUUGGCUUGGUGCUAUUGAGAAGUGCUCAUAACUUGGGAAUUUGCUAUUUUACACCAUUCAUCUAUAUAUUUAUGGGUAUAGAUUGAUGCAUCUGAAUUCUCCGAGCUGUCCGGCUCUGCUCAUUGAUGAACUAGUAGGGAACUUUUGUAGUUGUCCCGGAUAUAAUAUACGAAGUACUUCCGUAGCCUCGUGAUUAAUCUGC